GAGCAGAGGAGGCGGGAGGCGACUUCGGCCGUUUUUUGGACAGAGUGAAGGCAGCACCAUGUGCCAGAGAAAGAAAAAACAGUCGUCCCCGAUUCUGCCCUUCCAUCGGGCUCCAAAAUUCCUGCGGUUUAAUCCCUACAUCAAGAAGGGGUACCGGGCAAACCUCUCCACGUUCGAGUGCUUCCGCAGUCUCCUGUGGUGGACAAAUGAGACGCUGAACAUAUGGUCUCACAUUGCCGGGUUUGUUGUGUUUUUCGGCUUAUUUCUUUAUGAUGUAAAUGUUGUGUACUACAAGUACCAAGCCACAGAGAAUGAUGCAGUAGUUGCUUCAUUUGUGCUGCUGUGUUUCAUGACCUGCAUGAUUCUCUCUUCCCUGUACCAUACUCUAAACUGUCAAUCUGAAGAAUCUUGUCGGAAGUGGCUCUCCUACGACAUUUUCGGGAUAUCGGCGUCAUUUUUUGCCAUCUUUCUCAGUGGAAUCUACUAUGGAUUUUGGUGCUCGGAGUUUAUACAUCUGCGUUAUAUGUAUAUGGCCUUGGUAUGUGUCCUGUUUGCUGGAGCCAUGAUCUUCCUGCUCACUCCAAAGUUGAUGGGUCAGGAGUGGGAAUGGGCACGAGUGACACUGUUCACAGGCUGGGCUGUGUCGGGUCUGUUGCCCACAAUUCACUGGACAAUCCUACAUGGAGGUGUCAGCAAGGGGAUAGUCCAGGUUUUCUUACCUCGUAUCUUCAUGAUGUAUGCCAUCAGUGGGACAGCUGUAGUUGUCUAUAUGUGGAAAAUACCUGAAAGAUAUUUUCCAGGUCGCUUUGACUUCAUCGGGGCUUCUCACCAGCUGUGGCACCUCAUCAUAGUCGCUGCCCUGGUCUAUUGGCACCAGACGGGUUUGGAGUAUGCCUACUACAGAAUGGUCUUUGGUUGUGAGGGCAUUUCUGCAAAGGGCUAACAGCAUUCGUCUUUUCUUACCUGUGAUAUUUGGUUACUUAAGAGAAAGGCACGAGUCUUUAUUAGAUAAGUGUUUUGUUAGCACUAUUUGUUGUGUGUAUUGGUUGUUCUGUUCUUUGUGUUAUAAUUGUAACUAUAAUGCAGAAAUUUUAUUUUCCCUAUUUGAAUUGGUUUUUUUCUCAUAGAUGUUACUUUUCAACCCUUUCAAGGGUUGAAAAGUAACAUAGUACAGUAAAAUAAGGAAAGCACUGCCACACUGUUCUACCUGUUCUGUCAUUUAUAGCUGGCUAAGAACAAGCUUAGAAUCUAAAGUAAAGUGUAGGAAAACAUUUUAUUAUUUUUUUUUUUUCUCUCUUAUCAAAACACUAUCCUUUUGAUGAAAUGGCAGAAAGACCCUCUAUGCAUAGAAUCAUUAUGGAAAGGAGAAAUGUGGUGUGGGUAACAGAUGAACUAUAGGCUUUGAGAGGCAGGUGGGUAUAAUGAUAUUGAUUAUUUUUAUAUCUCUUUCUCAUGAAAAAAAGGUCAACAGAUUAGGGGGGGGGGGAGAUUUCUCUCUUCUUCUGUGUUUCAUAUUUUUAGAAGAAAUAAUAAUGAUAAUCAAAUGUUCAGAGUCUUCCAAGUUUUUGCUACCUCAAGAGAGUCCAGGUAUUGGCCUAUGAUAUUGGCCUAUGGUAUAUGUUUGUGAAUGUCAAAGUGUCAUACAGAGUUUCUUAGAGGGAAACCAAGGUCGAUUAUGUGACUUUCUUGAAAAUAAGAAGCUGAAAGAAAAACAAAAUAAGAUACAAUGAGAAUAUGUGUAUAAAUGAAUGUCAUAUCAAUUUUGUACAUGGUGAAUAAAAGUAUUUCUCAACUAUUACUACUCUGUGAUAUCAA